CCUUCCUCAGUGCGGCUGGGCGUCCACGUCCAUCCUUUCCAUUUUAAUUAACGCAGUGAACCAGCCUCUACCUUUCAAAGGAAUCCGAGGGAAACCUUGCUGCCAAAUCCCAACCGCUCCUGUGACACUCAAGAACCUGGGCCAGGCUCUUGUGUAGGUUGAGGAAGUCUGUGAAGAAUACAGAUUAUAGGAAAACAGUCUACCUUUCUUUACAGAGUCUCCUUUUGCAUCCCUGAAAUCUCAGAUUCAGCUAUUACAAUGAAGUCCUGUUGUAGAGAGAGCUGGCCUCUUUAUCACCACUUAAAAUCUAAUUAAUCCAUAUUGAAGCACAAAGAUUUCUGUUGUCCUUUAGGGUGAGGGGUCAUAGAGCUUUCUUUGUUCAUCCUUCGACUUAAAGUCAUCAAGCAUUGGGGAUAUUUUACCAAGCAAAUUGGAAGGCAACAUCAAAUCCUUAUCAGAAAGCCCCAACUCAUAGUUUUAAGAGUCCUUCGUCCUUUACAUGAAACAUUAUAUUCAAGAGGAACAAGAACACAUUUCAGAGUACCCAAAGAGUUAAUGCCCAAAGUUAUUAUAUUCCAGGCAGCAUAGAACCAAGUUGGGCACACCACUGUUCACUACGAAGGACAGCAGACCCUAUAGAGUGGCAAAGUUGGAUGAUUUGCUGCGAUGGCUUUAGUCUUUAGAACAGCAUUGCAAUCGGUUGGGCUCUCACUAUCUCUGCUGGGAUGGGUUUUAUCUAUUAUUACAACUUAUCUGCCACAUUGGAAGAACUUGAACCUGGACCUGAACGAGAUGGAAAACUGGACCAUGGGGCUCUGGAAAACCUGCGUCAUCCAGGAGGAAGUGGGCAAGCAGUGUAAGGACUUUGACUCCUUCCUGGCUUUGCCAGCUGAACUCAGGGUCUCCCGGGUUUUAAUGUUUCUGUCCAAUGGGCUGGGGCUUCUGGGCCUGCUGCUCUCAGGGUUUGGCCUGGACUGCCUGAGGAUUGGAGAGAGACAGCAGGACUUCAAGAAGCGACUGCUCAUCCUGGGAGGGAUCCUGUUGUGGACCUCAGGAGUCACGGCUCUGGUUCCGGUUUCCUGGGUGGCUCACAUGACGGUCCUGGAGUUCUGGGAUGAAAGCAUCCCCGAGAUUGUCCCCAGGUGGGAGUUUGGGGAAGCCCUGUUCAUUGGCUGGUUUGCUGGAUUUGCUCUUGUGCUAGGAGGGAGUGUGCUUCAGUGUGCAGCCUGCUCAGCCCCAGCUCCUCUACCUUCGGCCCACUAUGCAAUGCCAGAAAUGCAAGAUCACUGUCCACACCUGGAAAAUGGAACUGCAGAUCGUAAAGUGUAAGACCAUGAAAAGACA